AUGACUAAGAUCGACGACAUACUCGGCAGGUACCGUGGGUACUCGAGGUCGGGUGAUGCGCUUCAUGGGGUGCUCUGGCCGGCGAUCUGGUUCCCCAUCAUCGAAAACACGGAGGAAGGCAAGGAGGAGACGGAGGCUCUCAUGUCGGCGAUGGUAAAUCGCGUGUCGAUGUGCGCGGCGUAUGGGAAAGUUGCGGCGAGCGCGGCGUUUAGGAAGGUCGACGUGAGCGUAGAAGGGAAUGCGGGAGAGAAGACGGAGAUGGAAGGCGCGGAGGGGAAGGCGGACGAGAAGACGGAGAUGGGGGCCCAGGCGUUAGCGGCAUCUGCAUGCGCCCUCUGGUGCUUUGUGGAGACGGGAGCGUCGUUGCUCGGUGCUGUGGGCGAAGGGAAGGCGGCGGCGAUGGUGGCAGGUGCGGAGGAGGAGAGGGCCGAGGCAUUCAAGAAGGUGAUGCACGCGGUGAUCGACUUAGCACGCAGUCGGCAGGCUCCCGCGGGGGAGGUUGCCCAUAACGUCGCGCCAUCGCUGCAGCGCCAGGCAGUGGUCAGGGCCUUCGAGGAGGGAGUUGAGGAAGUCGAGGCCGACAUGAUCGCCAGAGCGACGGUCGAGACCAUGGCGUUCUGGGGAAUGUGCCCCGUCGCCGGGCCCAAGCUAAAAGAGCAGGGCAUCGAUGUGCCGUGUGACGCGAAGAUGGAGUACGAUAUGGAUCACAGGGGGAGGAAGGGGGAGAAGGUCAAGCAGGGCAAGGGCAGCAAGAGGAAGAAGGGCAAGGAGGGCAAGGGCAGUACGGAUGCGUAG